CACCUGUAGCCGUUUGGGUGUGGUGAUUACAGGUUUAUUACCACCAACAACAAAUUUCUCCAGUUUCCUUUUCACCCGUGACAUUUUCUCCACAAAGACUGAGGGACCUGUCACAUAUGAUUCUUGCCACCUGCUUGUGGUCAGAAACAUGAAUGGAUGGUCACUAAUCACCAGAGCUGGACAAUAAAACAACAUUUUUGGAAAUAGAAACUUGUUUUUCCUUCUUUUUGUCCUGGAGCAGUUCCACUAAAAUGGAUGGAAAUACUUUGUUUUGCUGUGUCUUGCUGCUGAGCACCAGUUUGACGAGUGGUUACGAAGAAGGUUUUAUUAGACUGGCAGGAGGUCAAGAUCACUCUGAGGGUCGCGUGGAGAUAUUUCAUAGUGGAGCUUGGGGAACUGUGUGUGAUGACAGUUGGGACAUAAAUGAUGCCCGUGUAGUGUGUCAACAGCUCCAUUUUCCCGGUGCAAAAGAAGCUCUAGAAUCUGCUACGUUUGGCCAGGGGGAAGGCAACAUAUGGAUGGAUGAUUUAGACUGCAGUGGAACAGAGACAGUGCUGCUUCAGUGCAGUUUUCCUGGGUGGGGGGUCCACAACUGUGGCCACGGUGAAGACGCUGGCGUUAGAUGUAAACUUGGGCCUGAGCCUUAUAACAGGGAUUUCCGUCGUGAGUAUGCUUUGGACCACAAUACAACUCUCUCUCAUCAGCUGGGGGAGCUGUUUGACAGUGGACGUGACUGUGACUUAAAAAUGUCCGUGUUGGUGGACAACAACAUUGUGGAGACUAUCUGUGCCCACAGAGUCAUACUUUCUCUUAAUCCAUCCCUCAAAGCUUCACAUCCAGACUUCAGCAGCCUCAGCAUUGGUGCUUCUUCUGACUGUGUUCAACAUGCCAAUACGUUUGUCAGAUACUUCUACACGAGAAAAAUAAAAAUCACCCUACCCUCUGCCUAUUGCAUUCUCAAGAUGGCUUCCGACUGGCAUCUGACAGAACUUCAGAAUGAGGCUGCAAAUAUUUUCCAACUUUUUCUGCCAGAGGACCUGACUUUCCACAGUCAGAGCUCUUUCUGGCAGUAUGCAGUUCAUACAGGUGACAGGGCUCUUCAAGAGGUCUGCCUCCGCUACCUGGCGUGGAACUGUGAGGCUCUGAUCCAGUCUCCAGCCUGGACCAGUCUUCCGUUUUAUCUGGUCAGAACUCUCCUUUCCCGCUCUGAUCUUGUGGUGCGUAAUGAAACUGUUGUUUUCCAUGGAGUGGAAAAAUGGGCAGCAGCUAACGGAAAUGCAACCAUCCCUGAGAAUCUUUUGAAGCUCAUCCGCUUCCCAAUGAUACCAGCUGAGGACCUGUACACACUUGAUGCUUCACAGUAUCAUACCGGCAAGCUGCAGGGGUUUCAGUUCAAUGCUCUGCCCUUCAGCAUGCUGGUCAGUGACCUGACAGAGCAGCAGAAUAUCUACGAAUCCAGGGUUUAUAUAGGACCACCAUGGAGCUUCACAUUCAGCACUCAGGAGAUCAGAGCUUACAACCAGUCUGGUAAAUACAUCUUUCAGGGUCAGAGCAUCAAUAGCCUGACAUCUGAUUUCCAAACACCUGUUCAUAACAGUGCCUACUUUGCUUUUCACACCAUGCGCUGGAAAACAAGGGUAUUUAUCAGAAAUGAAGACUGCACCAGAGAAAGUGUCACUUGCUCCUCUUUGCCAGCAGUUACUUUAAAGAUUCAAGAAAAACAAAACAAUUUACCCAGUGAAACGGAGAGGCAUGUCCAUUACAGAAAUAAGCUCAUUGUUAGGUGUGAAGGCAGAUACGUGUCUCAUGUUGGUGAAUUGAAUGAUGCUGAUAGUGACAGUCUUUUAUUCCUUCCCAGCUCUGCAGAAGAAGUCUUUCCAUGCCAUUCAAAUCUGUUCUCCUACCAAGUGGUGGUACGUCCUCAGUACUCAUCAGAUUAGUUUUAUGCAUUCUCAAGGAACUUCAGCAAAGGAAGUGCAGCAUGUUAUCCAAUAUUCACACUUGUCACACCUCUGAUAAGCUGUCAACUGUUCCUUACUCAGGGGAACAGCUAAGCAUGACUAAGCAUGUCUUGCAUUUACACAAGCUGUGUGGAAUCGUUCAGUUGUUGGGCAGUUUGUGUUUAUGUUGCCUGCCUUUGUCUUACUUUAUCUUAUAUGCAUUUAAGGCUCAUAAAGAAUGAAGGACAAGUGGUUUAUAUUCUUUAGUCUGGGAACUUGAUGCUGUCUAUGGUGAAAUAAAAAAAAAGAUUUAUUGUAUAACAUUGGUGUUAUAUAUGUUGUAACUUACACUAGCUAAUAAGUUAGAAGUAAAAAGCUGUCUUACUGCCAACUGGGAGGUGCAGCCAUCAUUCAGCACAAUGCUGAUGUCCUAAUGCAAACUCAGUACAAUUGACAACAUAAACCUCAGUCUGACAUUUUUUCCCACAAGGAUUACUAAAUAUGACUCAAAUAAGACAUAGCCUAACUUGUUUCAUAUUGUUAACAAAUGAUCUGCAUUUAAUGGCAAACAAAGCAUUAAAAUAAAACUUAGACUGCAAAACAUUUAAUGGAAUACACAAAUGCCAACGUUAAAGCCAUCUGGGAUCAUCAUGACAAAGCAUGAAAAUGGCAGGCACAACUCAAAAGAGUUUGGAAAUGUCCACAAAGAAGCCUGCAGAACUAUUCCUAAAGAAGUUUUUCUAAGGUGAGGGUGUGUUGAAUAAUAAAGGAGGUCAAACCAGGUACUGAUUUUCAAGUUGACUAGAAUUGCACAAACAGUUCUUGCCUUUAAAGACUUUAUUUACAUUUGUGUUUGUAACUGUUUUGAUAAA